CAACCAACAGCCAACACAGUAUUGCCCUCGUCCACCAAUACAAAAUGGCUCCCAUGUCUCAGAAGAAGCGCAAACUUGAAGCCGGCAUGCGCGGCAAAACUGACCGCCCCAAGAAAAGAUUCCGCAAACAACGAGAAUACCACAGUUCUUCAGAAGACUCGGAUGGCUCAGAGCAAGGAUUUGCAGCGGUUAAUUUGAACGACUCGGACGACGAGAACCCCCCCAAACCAGUAGAAAAAGCAACAUCGAGUCGAAAAUCUAUCCAAAAACCUCAACCGCCCACCAAAAAAGCAGCCAGAAAGGUGUCGAAAUCUGCGGAAGACUCUGAACAGUCUUCUGUUUCAGGACAAGAGGAAGAUUCAGACGGAGAAGCAGAUUCAGAAGAUGAUGGCCAAACCAAUUUGUCGUCCAAAGGGAAUACGAGCAAGCGUAAUAACCCCUCCGCAUUUUCCACCUCGAUCGCCAAAAUCCUCUCCACCAAACUGCCGCAAUCAGCGCGACAAGACCCAGUGUUAUCCAGAAGUCGCGAAGCAGUGGAAACCAGUCAUGAGCUAGCCAACGAACGAUUAGAACGCAAAGCUAGAGCCAAAUUGCGGGCAGAGAAGAAGGAAGAGCUAGACCGGGGAAGGAUCAAAGAUAUCCUAGGAUUACAGUCAGGGCAAGCAGGAGAGGUUGCCGAGGAGGAAAAGAGGUUACGCAAGAUUGCCCAAAGAGGUGUGAUCAAGUUGUUUAAUGCGGUACGAGCAGCACAGGUCAAGGCGGAGCAGGCGGAGAAAGAGGAGAGGAAGAAAGGCACGAUCGGCAUACAACACCGGCAAGAAAAGGUGAACGAGAUGAGCAAACAAGGAUUUCUGGAUUUGAUCGGAGGCAAGAAAGACGUCGCGACGACAGCGGUACAUUAAACCUGGAUCUAAAUCUCUGGUCUUGUAUGUAUAUAUGUGUG